AUGUCGUUCAAGGCGGAGAACGCCUUCAUUGACGCCUACGACCAGGCUGGUAGGCGGGCGCGGAGUAUCACCCAAGGCAAACCCAGUCCCCUGCGGCAGAGCACAAGCCUAGAACAGCUGGAGGAAAAUAAGCAGCCUGAGUCAUCAAUUUGUGAUAGCUCUCCCAGGACAGCCAUUGACGUCCAGAAUAUCCUAGCAGCCAUUCAUAGGUUGCAGGUACGGUACAGGAUUCAAGAUAUAUCUUGGAUCUCUGAUAUCAAUGUUAAUGAGAAGGAUGAUUUUAAAGAGUUAAAAAAUGCGCCUGGAAAGCCACCAAAGUUGCAGGAACAAACGCCUCUUAUUCUUAGGAAGGCUCUGGAUGCCCUAGCGAGCUUUUGUGUGUCCAGGGAAGACGAGGUCGUUGCUGUCGGCUUAGAAGCCUGGCAUGCUAAGAAAGCCAAUCAAGAAUGGGUUCGGCUCCUGAUUGCAACUGACAACAGAGUCGAGGAGGAAAGUAAGCAGCAGCUGAGGCUCAUUUGGAAGUCCAUAAAGGACAUCGUGUCGUCUUUUAAUGGCCGGAGUGCUAGCUCCACCGAAGAGAGCAAGAAUCCUGUGGAAGAGUUUUGGCAGGAUACGCAGGAGCUUAUCGGCAACUUUACGAUAAUUUGUCUGAGCUUCUCAUUCGAAGGGUGGAAAAAGGAUAUCAACUCCGAUAUCUCCCUUUUGUUGGCUGUCCCGUUAGACGGUUUUGCAAAGUCCCACCCAUUCCGCACAGUGAGGGAGAAUAUCCAUUACCUCUAUGCGGCAUACACCAGUCCAAAGGCGAGCAUUGGAAAACCCCACACGGAAGACAAGAACAAGUGGAGGCAGUUUGUAUCGUGCCUGGCUGAGACCCAAGAGUCCAUCGAGGUCUUUAUGAGCAGCGAUCCUUUUAUCGGGCCCGAAAACCAUGUAUACGCCCAUUAUUUCCCAUCAAUGGAAAGCUACAUGAAGAAGGUGCCCUUAUACUUAGACAUGGUACAGCACCUUCAGAUGGCUGCUUGCUCGUCUGAAUGCAAGGGCCUCCUAAAGCGUCCAUUCAGUCUCUAUGCGCUCCCGGCAAUGAACAAUACGGCUCGCGACGUCCCACACACGGCUAAGGACUGGCAGUGUCUUCUGGAAAAAGCCGCCAGCAUAGAGCGAGACAAGUACGAGCUCGACGCAGAUGUCAUCGCUAGAGAUAUGGAAUAUAUGGCGCAAGAGCCUGUCGCUCGGGAUCUCCCUGUACACUGUGAACUAAAGCUUGUCCUCGAAGCAAUGCAAAGGCCAAAGAGCGUGUAUGCCUACAUCGGCAUGUCAAAAUUGUCAUGCUACGGCUGUUACAAAUUCCUGGAUGCGUUGAACAACAUCUACGGGACCAAGUUUGGCACAAGGGGUUGCACUAUGAAGGCUCGUUAUCCAUGGCAAUUCCCGCCGGGUUUGUUGUUUGGUAAGCAGGUCGCUGACCAGACAUACCGGUCGCUUGCAUGGUCCUGGAUUUGGGGCUAUCAUGGAUAUCGGCCGAAGCGUCGUCACUUCCAGCCUGGCAGUGUCCAUUCGGUUCCGUCAGUCGCGGCAGGUGACGACCCGACAUCCCCAGAUCCAACAACCAUAAAGACAAAGGAGGGUGGGAAUCAUUGGUUCAAUGGAAGCCUCGCCUGUAGUGUUUCGAAAGGGCUGCGACGAGUCUCAUCUCUCCUGGUGUCGCAAAGGGAUUCAGUUUAG